UCGAAAGUUCGGUUGAAAGAAGAUCGAAAGUGCCGAGGCGUGACUCAGGAAGAAGGAUAUAACGAUUUUUUUCCGAGGACUUUGCUGCACGUUUCAACAACUCGCGGUCGUGCCAGCUUAGCGCGACAAUUGACUCGCGAUGGGAUAAACAUGGUGCAAGAAGUGGCCAGAAGUAAUUGUCGGUUCCUGUCAGAGAGACUAGAAAGCUGCGGCGAAACGAAACGUAUAAAACGGCAGUGGCAGAGCUCCUCUCUUUAGUUCAACGAGUCGAAUUCCUGUUUCAGCUUACCACAAGGAUGAUGAAUAAUUUGGGUAUUGCAUUGACGUUGCUGUGCGCCGUUUGUGGUGCGCUAGGAAGUCGACGUUAUAUCGCUAUUCCCGUCGACGGUAUCGACGGUAUCGAUGUCAUCGAAGUGAAUCCGAUCGCGCCUUCAUUGUCGAGGGUGGCCAGACAAACGGAGGCGUACGUGCCAAUUCCUAUAUCCAGCGUUUCCCAACAGGACGAUUCCGAGGUACAGCGUUCCGAGCGAUCGGCCGCGCAUGUCCUGGACUACGUCGAUUUCGGAGGACACACCGGCUCCAACGGAGCUUUCAGCUGGUACGCUGAUUAUCCGGCUCAUCGUUUCUGAUUUUCCGAAAUUAAUUACUUAUCGAGACAAGUCGAAGAGAGCGCAGGACAUCAUGAAACAUUGUUAUAAGUGUAGUACAUAAUUAGAAGUCAUAUAUAAUUGUAUAGUGACAAAGAUCGCAUAAACGAAAUUAAAUCGGAAGUCUUUAGAAGAUAAAAGAGUUCAAUAACGAAUUGUCUAUAAAAAAUAUAUAUAUAUAGCUCUCAAAGAUUCUAAUCUCUAAGCGAUAUUGAAGAAUUCAAGGUUUCAGGCAAGGAAAAUGACGUAGCUUUGUGAUCAAGUUUUCUUUUAUUUUCUGGUAUUUGUUACGGUACAAUAAAUAGUGAUUGAGAUUGACAACACA